CGAGAGGACAUCCCUUGCAAUUGCAGCGAAGCAAGCAUUCAUUCCAUGUCAAAGGAGGAGGAGAAACUGAACGAAUUUGUAGGAAUCACCGGUGCAUCCCUCGAACAAGCUCAAUUCUUCCUUGACGCAUCCAACCACGACGUUGAAGUUGCAGUAAGCUCUUUCUACGAGAAUCCCGAUCAUUACGCUGCAGAGACAGCUGAAGAGCAAGAAGAAACCCAAACCGAUUCUCCAAUGACAGACCCCGAAGAACAGCAGCCCGUCCGCAACAGCAACCCAGUAUCUAGGUCUUCGACGCCUGCCUCGGGAUCCGGCAGGCCUACUGGUCAGAGUGCAUCCGGGCCCCGUGUGACCAGCUUCCGUGACUUGAUGUCUCGUCAAGAUGACGAUGACGACGAUGAUCGUCAAAACUUUUACACCGGUGGCGAGAAGUCUGGCAUGGCCGUACAGGACCCUACCAACCGCGACAGGAACAAGCUUGUCGAUGAUAUCUUGAAGAAGGCCGAGAAAGGUGGACAAGGAAACUUCGAUGACGACGAUCUCAGCGAUGAGGAAGCUCCCGCUCAGAGGUCCUUCUUCACUGGGACUGGGUACAAGCUCGGAGGAGAUGACGUUGAAUCGGAAGUCAUUCCUGAUCCUCAUGCGGCGCCGGCUCAACCUGCUCGUCGUGAGAAGGUGACACGUACUCUUACCUUUUGGAAGGAAGGGUUUUCCGUCGAUGACGGGCCCCUCUACAGAUAUGAUGACCCUGCGAACCAAGGCAUUCUCAGUGCUAUUAACUCAGGGCGGGCGCCGCUUUCCGUACUUAAUGUCGAGUUUGACCAGCCUGUCGAAGUCACCGUUCAGAGGAAGAUGGAUGAAUCCUAUCAGCCGCCAAAGAAGAAGUUCAAACCCUUUGAGGGAUCAGGCAAUCGCCUCGGCAGCCCUGCUCCUGUGGUAGCUCCUACGCCUGCUCGUUCCACCCAGGCACCUAGUCGAGGAUCCACUCCUGCUUCCAACUUCCAGAUUGAUACCUCCGCCCCGCACGGCACUGUUCAGAUCAGAUUGGCGGAUGGUACACGUCUUGUGACCAAGUUCAAUCACACACACACUGUCGGUGAUAUUUACUCGUUUAUCGACGCCAGCAGGCCUGGUGAGACUGGAAGGAGUUUUGUGUUGCAGACUACAUUCCCCAACAGGGAGUUGACGGACAAGAGUCAGACUGUGAAGGAAGCUGGCUUGGUUGGAGCCGUGGUUACGCAGAAGUAUGUGUGA